AGCUCGGUUCGGUUUGCUGUUUCGCGUAGCCGAUUUUUUCCUUUAUUUCGUUUAUUUUAAUUUGUUUUCUAAACUCGACAGUGUUUUAACAUUGUUCUUCGAUUUAUCCGGUACAGUUUGUGCUAGUUGGUGUUUAAUUUUUGGUACGUGUCAGUGAUAUAAUUUGCUAUCGAAAAUAGACAUUUUUCGUGGGAGAGUUGGACGAAGGAAUUCGGGACACAUCCAUAGAAAAAUUAGCUUUCGGAAGACUACAAGGAGAAAAGAGACAGCGCGGUUUGGAUUUUUACCAUGCAACUAUCGAGCCAUUUAGCUUGGACGUUUGUGUAUGUGUGAUAUUGUUUCAUUCGCAUGUACGUAAUUAAUGAUUAAGGGAAUUUGAGCCCUUGCUGGACCACCACUAGUACGAACUGCGAUUAAUGAAUGGCGAUCUGAAAACACCGUAUCCUCUGCGUGACGAAGAUUAUUGCUAUGAAAUUUUGAUUAUUCCACAAUCAACGAGGAAAGGUUUAAUAUUAGAGCACAGCUCGUGACAUAACAAGACUCUUCUAGUAUGGGAAACAGUGAAUAAGCAAGCGACUGCCAGUCAGAAGCAACACGAAAAGAAGAACAAAUGUGCCUUGAAUGUACUUGAAGACACCCAUGUGCCUUAUUCGUUAUUAGAAGUGAGAGUGCGAACUGCAUUAAUUACAAUUUGUGAGCUUCAAUAGAAGGCCGUUUACUGUACCUAUCGUCAUGCUUUCUAAUUUGGAACGAUGGCAAAGAUGAUUCGCGAAGCCAACUGGAAUGUUUGGGAAGCAAUGUGAAUCUAUCGGUCAAAUUUAGAAGAGUGAACCUUCGCGUAAUUCAACAUGGGCGAUGCUAAGGUUAAACCACCUUUCUUUGGUAAUCAGCCCUAUCAGCAGGCGAGCACUUCAAAAGCUAUGACUGGUCCAGCACAUGCAGAUGUGGUUGAUCAACAGAAGGCGUGUUCGUCUAACUUGAAAAGUGUAGGUAAAGAUGAGGCAGCCGCAAAAAGUCCUUGCAAAUAUGAACAGCUCAAAACCCGUAAAGCAGAACUGGAGAAAAAACUCAACGAGAAAUAUGCUCAGCUUCAGCAAGUCAAACGAGAAGAAGCUCAGCUUAUUGGAAUGUAUCCGAGCGAUUUCAGCGCUGGUGUUGGUAGUCAGGAUCAGAACGGGACAGCACCCACCCUUAGACGGAAAAUCGGUACUAGCUUUAAGUUACCGGAAAAUUUGUUGAACAACAAAGAAGACGACAUCAACAAGCUGCUUUUGGAGAAGCAAAUUCAGCAGCAAAUAUCGGAGGCGUCGCUCAGGCUGUCCAAUGACACAUCUCAGCCCAAGUCGGUUAGGCGUACGCACAAACAAAGCUACGAAAAUGCCCAACAGAAACUAUUGGCAAUUAAUCAGAAUUUAAGUGUUCUGAAAAAACGCCAACAAGCAGCUGAACAGCAGAAGCCACCUGCCACGCGAGACGACAUCGAUCUUCAUAAAUGCAAUAAUGCAAGUCGCUUUCGAUCGAACAGUAACAGCAGCAACAUGAUGAUGAUGAGCGCUUCCGAGCGCAGAAAUUCCGUCAAGUCCAACACAUCUUCGAAUCAUUCCAUCAGCCUAAAUAGCUCAGUUGGCUCUGGUUCUAAGCAACAACAGCUGAUGGUGCAGAUCCCGGGACAACAUCCAGGGCACUAUCAUUCUCAGCAGAUCUCACCUUACUCCAUCCACUCAGGAACGCUCUGUGUUAUGCCGUCUGGUUCCCAGAGUAUGACUCCAGCUGCAUCGGCUGCGAUGGUGUCCCAGUUAAGCAUGCUACGACAUCGAGCUCGUCACGAUAGUAUCAGCGGUAUUGUCAACUACGAUUUUUCUGGAUCUGCAGCAGAUGCCGCUAAAAUGUCUCCAGUCAGUAGUGGCAGCGGGCAUCACCACCAUCCUCAUUCGCAUCAACACUUUCAGCAACAAAUGCAACAUCCAUCUCAAUCUCCUCAAAGUGGGCCUAGUCGUUUAAACAAACUAAUCCAUCAGCAAAUGCACAGUUACAGUCCUCCACCGGGGCACGGAGGAAGUCCUGGAUACGUAAUGUCACCCCCAGCGAGCGCAUCUUCCGCUGCUGUAGAACAGGCUUUUGUGUAUGAUGCUAAAAUAAUCUCGAGACUACAACCGCCGCCACCGCCUCCGCCUUUGCCAGCACCAGCACAUGUUCCAUUAAAAAACUCUGCUUAUAACAACUCCGGUAGCACUUUCGACGCUCAACAGGAAACAAGCGCAGGUCUUGGAGGAUACUGGAUGAUGCUGGAAACUGGAGAAAAAGUAUGGUGUUCUGUUGAUAAUCGUUUCGCUAGCUUGGACCGAAAACAAGCCGGUGGCAGCAUGAAGUUGUCUCGUUCAAAGCUCAAUCAAUAUCCACACGCAGUACCUACGAAGAGUAAUUCAAUGGGGAACUUUGAUUUUAUCAACAAGCAGCAUCAACAACAAAUAGAUGACUCGAAUCAACAAGACACUAUCUCAGUAACUUCUGGAUCCAGCGAACACAAAAGACGGGAGAAGGUUUGGCGGGAAACUUCACUCGAUAGUCCUGUUGUAAAACAUAAAACACUUCCUUCUCCGUCUUCAUCCCCAAUGUCCAAUCCACCACCGCUUCCUGCCUAUCCUCAACCGCCACCACCUCCAAUGCAGAUGCAAACAUCUGUUCAAACUCCGCUACACAUCAACGUUGAUGGUAGCUAUGCAAUGUCAUCUGCGUCUCCGCUGCUACUCUCGCCACAGCAAAUGCGCUAUUAUCAGCAAAAGCAACAGCAAAUUUUAGAGCAUCAACGCCAACAGCGCCUUAGAAUCAAGCAACUUGAAGAGCAGAAACAACAGGCAUACCUUCGCGAACAACAGCAACAUCAACAGCAUCUAUUGCAGCAAAAACUCCUACGUACUCCUCCGCAACCACCGAAACAUCGGAAUCAUUACACGCAGUCCCUCCACGUUCCCAAUCAGCAACAUCUGGAUUUGUUGCCACGAUCCUCGCAAUAUUACGACAGCGAAAACCACAAUCUUCCGCCGCACUACUAUCAGUGCCAAGAAACAACUCUCCAAAGCAAUCUCUCUUCCCGCCAUCCCGAUCUCCUCAUUUCCCCGACUCUGUCGACCUCUUCCUCCAACACUCUUACAUCCCCAACCCUACGACAGCAAUGUUCCAUAUCACCCACUCCCUCGACGUUAACGACCACAUCGGCGGGUGCAACUAUUCACUCCACACCGGACAUCCAAACCGAGUCACCGAAAAAUGUAACCGUCGUCCAACAGGGCAAGAUACAACCAUACAAGGAAGUUACCAAACCAUUCGAGAUGUCCGAUUUCUACAAAUAUUCUACCAAGUACCGGCAGAAACAACAACAGCAACUUCAACAACACCAACACCUGGGACAACUGAGCCCUAAUGGGAACAGCUGUGAAGGCGCGUCCGGCUCAAACACGAGCGGGGAAGUCAUACAGAAGACCAUAUACCAGCCGCCGAAUCCGUCGAUAUGUCAUCCCAUAAAUUACAAUUGAGUAAGUACUGCGAUUAACGCCGUGCAGGUCACAAUGAGACAGGUAACUUAGGAUUUAUUUUGCUUUGCUUUUCAACAGAAGUUGGGUCUAAAUCGAUUUGCCAGUUGUCUUAGUUUGAAUUAGUUUAAGUCUCAUUUUCCUGGAUGAAAAUGUUUAGAACUAACUAUAUGUCUAAGGAGCGAAGCGUGAACGAAUCUACUGCACGUUACGUCAUCAUGAAGUGUAGACUGAAAAUGGUGUAAUUUGACCAAUUGUUUGGUAUUUUGAUUGAAUACUUUGUAAAUACAUGGUACAUUUUGUACCCUUUUGACGGACGGUACCAUCUACAGGAUCAUAGAGCAUUGUGUCGAAAAUAUGUUCAAUAAUCCGAUCGAGGGUAGAUGUGGCUUCUAUCUUGGUUUUGAUUUAGCUUUCUUUAACGUUUUAGGAGGGUAAAAUACCUCACCCAAUACGUUCAGAUGCUUGGCUGAGACAGACCUAAUGGUGUCGUUUCGACAAGUGACUCUGAAAAAAACGGUUCUUAUUAGAUUAUAAAAAUGUACCUACAGUUAAAAGGUUAUUUCCUCGGUUUUCGUCGAAGCUUCUGAAUAAUGGUUCUGCAUCUAGAAAACCCCUUUGCAUUGUGCCCGUACUAAUACCUAAGUUGAUAUCAAUAGGGAACUGUUUUGUACAUGUUUACAUGAAUCACUGUGAUUAAAAUCAUCCACUUGCUGAUGUGUCAUAUGAUUUUGAAUUGCUAUCAGCAAGUUUUCCUGAAAGCCAGUAGCUCACUGCGCACUUGAAAAUUUGGCAUUUGAUUUGUGCUCAAAAGUAGAAUCUAUAGAUGUUGGUGCUUUACACAAAAGUAACAAAUAGUUAACUGCAUCCACAUUCCGUUGAUGUAAACCACAUCGUUUGAAUUCAUUCCUUAAAGUGCGUUCGAGGUUUUCCAUAUUUUUAACCGCUUCGUUAAGCAACGGAGCAAUCUCACUUCGUGGUAGCAGAUCCCCUGGAUGCUCAAUUCACAGAUCGACUAGGAGUUGGUUCUUUUGUGUAUCUAACUGGGGACGUUCUCUAAAUAAAACACUCCGUUACUUCAGACUGCCGAACGUGAGCUGUCGGCUCUGGCUUACUCUACAUAUAUUCAAAUAUAUUCGAACUCAUUAUACCAUAUAUAAUGUGUGUGUACUAUCUUCUCGAGGGUGUUUACGUUACACCGCAGUCGAUACAUCACAGUUCUUCCUCCUAAGAAGUAUCAUGCAAUUCCAAGAACAUAACUACAUUAUUUGCUUCUUUUACUAGUUAACAUUUUUACACUUAAUUUUGACCGAACUUCGUUCGGAAUGCAGAGCAUUAUCUUUCUGCUAGCUUCCUAUUCAUAAUUCGUUUUUCGACAAUUUGCAUAAAUAAAAUCGUGAUCUUUUUUUAAUUUCCUAAUUCUGCUAGAUCCACGUACGUUUAAUUCUAAUAAUUUUGAAUCCUUUGAUCCCUUCAUUGUCUUCGGUCGUUUUUCAACAUUCGUGUACGACGGUGGAAACCCGAGGAAUUCACUUUCUAACGAUGCCGAUCGAUUGCGCUUUAGAUUUUUCCUGCUGUCCACUGCAACGUUACGACGUGGGAUUUCCUUCGAAAGCCUCAACUGCCCUCUGGCUGCUACCGCCAGCACGCUUCCAAUUGCUACCUGAGUCAUCGUCCGACGAAUCCUCCAAUUUUGAACGUAGUCCCUUGAAAUACUCGCUAAGUUUCUUAUCUGUUCCUGAGUCCACUUCCUCUAUGAAUUUUACCGAAUUUCUGGUAGCAUUUUUUAGUUUUAACUCGUCAAAAACUGUUGAUCCACUUAGCGUGAUGAACAGCGCCUUUUUAGACUGUUCAGGAAUAUUGUUGUAUUCAAAAAAAUAACUAAGACGCUCAAUAUAAUUACUAAAAGAUGUGCCCGCAACAUAUGUGUCAAUGGUGCCAACAAUAUUAUUAGCCAUAGCGAUAGUUUCUUUUUACUAAAAAUUAUUGAGAAAAAUAUAGAGCUUACCAGAUCGCUUCCUCUCACCACAAUUUACGAUAUUCUAAGCGUCUUUACGCUGUUCUUGGUGGUCAAUCUCUCCCUGGAAUAUUGUAUUCAGCCACUCAGCGAAUUUACAUCAACCUAUUAAAGAAAGGAAACGGAAUUACUAUAAAUUCUC